GCGGCCGGGGCGGACGGUUCCGAGUGGCGGCGGCGCGGGCGGGGUCCAGGCUGCUGCGCGCCCGCCCCGGCACUGCUCGGCCUGCUCGCCAUGGACGACGACGACGUCUCCGCCCGCAAGGGCUCCUUCCGAAAGUUCCUGGAGCACCUCUCCGGGGCCGGCAAGGCCAUCGGUGUGCUGACCAGCGGCGGGGAUGCCCAAGGUAUGAAUGCUGCUGUCCGUGCUGUGGUGCGCAUGGGAAUAUACGUGGGGGCCAAGGUGUACUUUAUCUAUGAGGGUUACCAAGGCAUGGUUGAUGGCGGCAGUAACAUCAUGGAAGCCAACUGGGAAAGCGUCUCCAGCAUUCUGCAAGUGGGAGGCACCAUCAUAGGCAGCGCUCGCUGCAAGGCCUUCCGCACCCGGGAGGGUCGGCUGAAAGCCGCUGGGAACCUGGUUCAGCGGGGCAUCACCAACCUGUGUGUGAUCGGCGGGGACGGAAGUCUCACCGGGGCCAACAUCUUCCGGAAGGAGUGGAGCGGGCUGCUCCAAGAGCUGGCCGAAAAUGGCGACAUCGACAGGGAGGAGGUGCAGAAGCACGCCUACCUCAACGUCGUGGGCAUGGUUGGCUCCAUCGACAACGACUUCUGCGGCACUGACAUGACCAUCGGCACCGACUCCGCCUUGCACAGGAUUAUCGAGGUCGUGGACGCCAUCAUGACCACCGCCCAGAGCCACCAGAGGACCUUUGUGCUUGAGGUCAUGGGGAGACACUGCGGGUACCUAGCGCUGGUGAGCGCCCUGGCCUGCGGGGCAGACUGGGUGUUCCUUCCAGAAUCUCCCCCGGAAGAAGGCUGGCAGGAGAAGAUGUGUGUCAAGCUCUCGGAGAACCGUGCCCGGAAGAAAAGACUGAAUAUCAUCAUUGUGGCAGAAGGUGCCAUCGACACCCAAAAUAAACCCAUUACCUCUGAGCAAAUCAAGGAGCUUGUGGUCACGCAGCUGGGGUACGACACGCGGGUGACCAUCCUUGGACACGUGCAGAGAGGCGGGACUCCUUCGGCCUUUGACAGGAUUUUGGCCAGUCGCAUGGGGGUGGAGGCCGUGGUCGCCCUUCUCCAGGCCACCCCAGAGACCCCGGCCUGUGUGGUGUCGCUGAGCGGGAACCAGGCCGUCCGCCUGCCCCUGGUGGAGUGUGUGCAGAUGACCCAGGACGUGCAGAAGGCCAUGGACGAGAGGAGAUUUAAGGACGCCGUGCGACUCCGCGGAAGGAGCUUCGAGAGCAAUCUGAACACCUACAAGCGGCUCGCCAUCAAGAUGCCAGAUGACCAGAUCCCAAAGAGCAACUGCAACGUGGCAGUCAUCAACGUGGGCGCCCCCGCCGCCGGGAUGAACGCGGCCGUGCGCUCGGCCGUGCGCGUGGGCAUCUCCGAAGGGCACAAGAUGUUUGCCAUCUACGACGGCUUCGAGGGCUUCGCCAAGGGCCAGAUAAAGGAGAUCGGCUGGGCGGAUGUCGGAGGCUGGACCGGCCAAGGAGGCUCCAUUCUUGGGACCAAACGGACGCUGCCCGGGAAGUCCCUGGAGGCGAUCGCCGAGCAGAUGCGGACCCACAGCAUCAACGCGCUGUUGAUCAUUGGUGGAUUUGAGGCCUACCUGGGACUGCUGGAACUGGCAGCGGCCCGGGAGAAGUAUGAGGAGCUCCGUGUCCCCAUGGUCACGGUCCCCGCCACGGUGUCCAACAACGUGCCGGGCUCCGACUUCAGCAUCGGUGCGGACACCGCCCUGAACACCAUCACCGACGCGUUCGAGGGCUUGGUCCUAUUGGCCCAGGCACGUGACAGCCACCGGGAGUUUUGCGUCCCCAUUUGCAUCGUGCCGGCCACCAUUAGCAACAACGUCCCAGGCUCAGACAUCUCCAUGGGUUCUGACACUGGCCUCAAUGUGGUGGUAGAGACGUGUGACCGCAUCAAGCAGUCGGCCAGCGGGACCAAGCGCCGCGUGUUCAUCAUCGAGACCAUGGGGGGCUACUGCGGCUACCUGGCCAACAUGGGGGGGCUCGCUGCCGGAGCCGACGCCGCCUACAUCUUCGAAGAGCCCUUCGACAUCCGCGAUCUGCAGGCCAACGUGGAGCACCUGACCGAGAAAAUGAAGACCACCAUCCAGAGGGGACUCGUGCUCAGGAACGAGAGCUGCAGCGAGCACUACACCACGGACUUCAUCUACCACCUCUACUCCGAGGAGGGCAAGGGCGUGUUCGACUGCAGGAAGAACGUGCUGGGCCACAUGCAGCAGGGUGGAGCGCCUUCACCGUUUGACAGAAACUUUGGAACCAAGAUCUCCGCCAGAGCCAUGCAGUGGAUCAGCACAAAGCUAAAGGAGGCUCAGGGCAAAGGAAAAAGGUUUAUGACCGAUGAUUGCAUUUGCGUGCUGGGAAUAAGCAAAAGAAACCUCCUUUUCCAACCUGUGGCACAACUGAAGAAGGAAACAGACUUUGAGCACCGGAUCCCCAAGGAGCAGUGGUGGCUGAAGCUGCGGCCGCUCAUGAAGAUCCUGGCCAAGUACAAGGCCAGCUACGAGGUGUCCGACCCCGGCCAGCUGGAGCACGUGCACCACCGAGGCCACGAGGAGCCUGCCGCCAUCUAGACGCCGCCGGCCCGCACCGCCCGGCUGGCGCUGCUUCCGACUUCCCGUUUACCGCCCGUUUUUGUAACACUUAAGUUAUUUAUCGGCACUUCGCGUGAGUUCUGCUGACAUUAACAUCCGGUCACAGAGCCCCCCCCGUCCUGUCUCCCUCUCCCCGCGGACCCCAAGGCUCCAGCACGACUUGUCUGCUGCGUCUCCUACUGUUUCCCGCUUUCAAACAUGUGUAUCCAGUAGAAUUAAACGUUUGGCUAAAACUCCAA